CUUAGAUCAAACUUGAACAAUAGUUUAUAUAUAGGAAUAUUUAGUACAUCUUGCAAGGAAAAGAGGGAUAAAUGAGACUGGAUGCAAACGUUGAAAACUUGCGCGUAUAGUUUGGCGCUUUAGUCGCUUCGCUAAUUGUGAAUUUAGAUACUAGAGAUAAGUGCGGUUCUGCCAGGUUCUACUGAUGUCGCAACAAUUCAAUCUAACCUCCGAAAAAAACUAACAGCGUCCUACCGAAGUAACUGUCAGUUCACGGUACGUCAUCGUAAAGCGAUUCUACUAAGGUUAUUUCGUAUAUUCCUGAUUUCUGUUAGUUCGUUAGCUGAUAAAGCAAAUCUACAUCUAUGACACAUGGCUAGUAGAUCGUUACUAGAUGGUAAAUUAUAAAAAUUUGAACACGUCGAAACUGAGGAUAAGAAUAGUGUCUCAAUUCGAAGAAUUUGAACGGUAUUCGCCACGGCUUUCACAGACAUGGUUGGAUUGGCGGGCGGGGGAGGUCAUCUGUAUCCCUCGCCCCCAAUGCAACCUAAUCCAGAAUUGAGAGAAAUGACUGGAAUCGCUCCUAGUGCACCGACUAGUGCUGAUGCCUGUUUAAGUAUAGUACAUUCUCUCAUGUGUCACCGCCAAGGUGGUGAAAGCGAAGGAUUUAGUAAAAGAGCCAUCGAGUCUUUGGUUAAAAAACUUAAAGAAAAAAGAGAUGAAUUAGAUAGCUUAAUAACCGCUAUUACUACAAAUGGAGCUCAUCCCAGUAAAUGCGUUACAAUACAGAGAACUCUGGAUGGUAGGCUACAAGUUGCUGGUCGCAAAGGAUUUCCACAUGUUAUUUAUGCACGAAUUUGGAGAUGGCCAGAUUUACACAAGAAUGAAUUGAAACAUGUCAAGUACUGCCAAUUUGCUUUUGACUUAAAAUGUGAUUCUGUAUGUGUGAAUCCAUAUCACUAUGAGAGAGUUGUAUCCCCUGGCAUAGGUAUGUCAUGAAACAUAUUUUUUACUUGUUUUCAUAGAAAGAUCACGUGCUUCGAUCAAUUUUUUUUUUCAUUACAUUGUUUCUUUGCAAAGCUUCUGUGAAUUCAUUUGUAGCACCAUAAGUGUAAAUGAUUUAUUGUUGUGGCCUUGGUGUAUGAUGGAAUGGGUUGGUUUCCCCGCACAGACCCGUUCUUUACAGACCUAUCUGGACUGACUCUGCAAUCGGGAGUAGGCGUAGGACCAGGUGGUAGAUUAGUCAAAGAUGAAUAUUCGGUUGGUGGUGGAGGGAGUGCAGCAGCUGGAACAGUAGGAUCUGCAAUGGAUGUUGAUGGAGAAAUGAAUCAAACUAUUCAGCAUCAUCCACCUGCUCAACCCACUUCGUCUAAUAACGCUCAAUCAUCUCAACAGACUUUUAUACCAGGUCUACCACCGCCUAAUUCAACUAGUGGUGAGGGUGUGUUUGGCAGUAAUGGGGGAGGGAAUAAUGGUGGUAAUCCGCACGGUAAAUUGGAUGACAAUAAUUGCCCCAGACAAACCUGGAUUCCUACACCUCAUCAUCCUACAACACCAGUAGUACAUCCAAUGAGUCACACCGUAGGUAGCCAACAGCAGUCAUUGAGUACAUCUAGUGGAGGCAAUGGGGCACAGAUGCUGAGUCCUUCACAAGGACAGUCUAGUGAAACAUUUUAUGGAACAAAUACACCUCCUCAAGAUCUCAAUCAACCACCUACUGUUGAUGCAUUAGCAGCAUCUUUAGGCGAAGGUCAAAAUUCUCCUGUAUCGCCUGUACAUCUUCAUCAUCCAAAUGGAUUUCCAGUGGGUACAGCUGCUUAUAAUUCAGGAGCACCACAAUGGACUGGACCCAAUACUCUUACAUAUACUCAAAGCAUGCAGCCUCCAGAUCAUAGACAUCUUCAUCCUACUUCCUAUUGUGAGUUAUUGAUAAACAGGGGCAGCCACGCAGGUGAAGUAGGUGGAAACAUUGGUGGUUUACUAUCUACACAGCCAGCACCAGAAUACUGGUGUUCGGUUGGCUACUUUGAAUUAGAUACUCAAGUUGGCGAAACAUUUAAAGUAAGCAGCGGUUGUCCUACCGUAACAGUAGAUGGUUAUGUGGAUCCAAGCGGUGGUAAUAGAUUUUGUUUAGGAGCUCUGAGUAAUGUACACAGAACAGAACAAAGUGAAAAAGCUCGUCUUCAUAUAGGAAAAGGAGUUGUAUUAGAUUUAAGAGGCGAAGGAGAUGUUUGGUUAAGAUGCCAAAGUGAACAUAGUGUCUUUGUACAGUCUUAUUAUCUAGACAGGGAAGCGGGUCGUGCACCCGGUGAUGCCGUGCAUAAAAUUUAUCCUUCUGCAUAUAUUAAGGUCUUUGAUUUGCGGCAAUGCCAUAAACAAAUGAGAGGACAAGCUGCUACUGCACAAGCUGCCGCUGCGGCGCAAGCUGCCGCUGUAGCAGGACACCUAACGCAUGGAGCGCCAAUUACUAAAAGUCUUAGUGCAGCAGCAGGAAUAGGUGUAGAUGAUCUUCGACGACUUUGCAUUUUGCGUUUAAGUUUUGUGAAAGGUUGGGGCCCUGAUUAUCCUCGACAAAGUAUAAAAGAAACUCCAUGCUGGAUAGAGGUACACUUACAUCGAGCUCUUCAGUUGUUGGAUGAAGUUUUGCAUACUAUGCCAAUAGAUGGUCCACGGGGAAUUGAAUAAUUUUAUUUAAUUCUGGAUAAUACAUAUGUUACAGAAAAGACAUCACAUUAUUACAGACUCUGCAUUAGGUGUGCAGAAUGUAUAAAAUACACACUUGUACAAUACUGUGUAGUAUUGUUAAAAAUUUUGAAACAAAAUCAGCAAAAUAUUGGUUCAAAUAAAAUAGUAUGCGCUUUAAAUCCAGAAAAAAAUGUUUGAGAUUUUUAUUGAAAUUUUUUAUAUAUUUUACACACAUAAUUUUUCGUGUAGAAUAAAAUAUAUGCCACGGCCUUGCAUUACUGUUAACGUACAAACGUUUUGCAAAAGAAAUCUUAUUUUUCAUUAUGAAAAAUUAUUUUUUAAAGAAAAUAUAAAUGCAUCUACUUGAAGUGAAGGUAAAAUGAGAGAUUUCUAUUUUAAUAGGCAGUCAUUAUCUUAUUUAAGGGGAUAAAUACAUUUUCUAUGGCAUGGCCUGGUGCGCUCAGUAAAAUGCAUGGAUAAAAAUUGCGCGAUACUUUCGGAAACAUUAAUAGUCAUAAUCUCGUUUUCUGAGAUUUGUAAAAUAGCAUAACCGACAUAUAUCUUACUUAAAUAAUGAUGAUAAAUUUUAAAUUGUUUAUGUCAAAUAUAACAUUAAUGGGUUAUAUGCACAGUAGGAAGGUUUUCUAAGAAUACAAUAUAUUUCAAAGUACUGUCGGAUAAUAGCUUUAGUAUAUAGAAAUACUGCGAUAAAUAUUAUAUAAGCCAUUCUAUAAAUCUAUAGUGUCAAAGAAAAUAUAGUAUGUAACCAGAAAGAAAUUUAAUGAAAACUGUUUGCAUAAUGAAAUAUUAAUGGGAGCAAUUAAAUAUUGAGAACAUUGCAUUAGGAAAGGAUAUUUUUACUAUAUCUAUAUCGGUUGUACUGACAGUAGUUUGAUACUAUGUUGAUAGAAUAACCUUCUAUAUUGUCAUUUAUUUUAUACUUUAUAGCCAAAAAGUAUCACUACGUAAAUAGCUGCAGUGUUUGAUUUGUAAUGACGUUUUGUGUCUCCUCUUUUUUAUUAUUAUUUUUCCUGUAAGAAUAUAAAUUAAUGCGAUAGUUAGUAUUAUUAUAAUUAUUAGUAUAGUUGUUGGUGGUGAGACAAGAUGAAAAUAUUUAAAACGUGGUACGAGCUAAUUCUUCUAAUCAGCCACCAAUGUUACUACUAUUACCAUGUAGUACUUGUUGAAUAAUUAUACUUACUGUUUACCAACCAUUUUAUUAUUCUAUAUUCGUACAAAAUAUUCUUAUAUAUAUAUGCUAUAUAUAAGAUGCUAUAUUUGAUAAUAUUACCAUACAGAGAAAACGUUGACCAAAUUUUAUACCUAUCCAUAUAUAUAUAUGUGCAUGUGUGUGUAUGCAUGUGUAUAUAUAUAUAUAUAUA